CACGAUUUCCUGACGCUCGGCAAGCUGGAGGAAGCGAGGGGGGAAACUCCGUUUAAAAGCCCUGCUCUCCUCCAUGUUAGCUGUGUGCUGGAAAACCAGACAGGAGUUGUCCAAAUCCCACCGUGUCAUCAGCCAGGCUGGGGAUGGGGAGGGCAGAGUGAGACUCUCACAGGCUGCUGAGAUUUCUAGACUGCCAGGAAGUCCCGGGAAGUGUGUGGAAACGAGAGCGUCUUAACUCCAGCCAGUGGAGGAAAGGGACAGACCUUUUACAUCCCUCUUCCUAAGAGUGCGUUACCUUUCUUCUCUCCCAGCAUGGUGAGCAGCAGGGCUGGCCUGUGUCUAGGCUGUGCCUGGGAGAGCCAGGCCAGCCACAGUCAGGCCGCCUGAGCUCCAGCCUGGGGCCAGUCCCACCGUUCCAUGCUCUGCAGAAGCCCCAGCCCCGGCAGCAGCAGCAACAGCUGGAGCCUCCAACAUGAGCUGCAGAGAAGGGGCUGACAGCAGCUGCGGCUGCGGUGGGCGCGACGAGAACAGGAUCCUCAAGUGCGUGGUGGUCGGGGACGGCGCGGUGGGGAAGACUUGCCUGCUGAUGAGCUACGCUAACGACGCCUUCCCGGAGGAAUACGUGCCCACUGUGUUUGACCACUAUGCAGUUACUGUGACAGUGGGAGGCAAACAGCACUUGCUUGGAUUGUACGACACCGCAGGACAGGAGGACUACAACCAGCUGCGGCCGCUCUCCUACCCCAACACCGACGUGUUUCUGAUCUGCUUCUCUGUCGUGAACCCUGCCUCUUAUCACAACGUCCAGGAGGAGUGGGUCCCGGAACUGAAGGACUGCAUGCCUCACGUGCCUUACGUCCUCAUCGGGACGCAGAUCGAUCUCCGGGAUGACCCCAAAACCUUGGCACGGCUCCUAUACAUGAAGGAGAAACCCCUCACCUACGAGCAUGGCGUGAAGCUGGCAAAAGCGAUCGGCGCACAGUGCUACUUGGAAUGUUCUGCCCUGACUCAAAAAGGUCUCAAAGCGGUUUUUGAUGAAGCCAUCCUCACUAUCUUCCACCCCAAGAAAAAAAAGAAAGGCUGCUCAGAGUGCCACGGCGGCUGCGCAAUCAUCUGAAGGUGCCUGAGACCCGACUCCGGGCCGUGCAGGGAUGUGAAAAGCAGCCAGUCUCUAUGACCCUACUCCAGCCAAAGGGAAGGCAUGACCAGAAAGGAACCCCUGCAUCCCGAGGCCUGUCCCCGUGCCCCGCCAGCUUUCCAGCUAAGCAUCCUGCCAGCCACUACCACAUUCCCAGGCCAGAGCAUCCACACUGCGCAUGGAGGACGCUGAACCACAUUCAGACAGUGCGCUGGGGAAGAAGCAAGUCACGAUUGUCCCGUAUUUCACAUCGCCUUCCAUGGAUGCGAAUGGUCAGGGAGUCAUGGCGCGAAAACCAAGCACUCAGCCCUGCCCUGACAGCCUUACUUCUUUGCCAAACUUGGGAAUACAACGCCAACGUUUUUCCGGAGACUGCUGUUUCAGCCAAGUGUCUUAACGCUCCUCAUUUCUAUUUCAGUUUCCUGAUGUCCAGUCACUUGAGCCUUACAAAUCCAUAUCAAAAUAGCUGAAAGACAAGCUGGAUUAUGCUCACUCCUCUUGGCAGUGGCUCUCUGCCAAUAUUCUUAGAGCCAACAUGUACCUCUGAAUACCUAAUUACAAAAAAAUAACACUUUAUAGCUUUCAUAAACUUACAGACCUGUAUUGUAUUUUUUUAGCCUUUUUGAAAGAAAACAUCCUGUGAAUUAUUACAGCGUCCCCAGUUUUGCCAAAGAUUCAUCCUACAGAUGCUUCAGGUGCUAGGGAGCCUGCUUUUGCAAACUUCUACUGUCAUUCAAACUGAAAACGGACUGUCUUUGAAGAAAGAAAUAGAUUUUUGCUUUUCAUCUAAAUUGGUCACGACAAAAGUAUGGAAAAAAUCGUCUUCCUGACUUCCUCCUGUGCCCAGAUCCCUGUGAUCCCCAGUCAUAGCCUGACCUUAAAAGAAAAGGGAGGAGCAAUCUGGACACCAGACAUGAAAAAUGGGGACUCCCAGAAUCCUUCAGGGUCAACGUGCCUUAACUUUUCUACUUACUUCAGCUGAAAGUGCUUGCUCCAUAUUAAGCUUCAGUUCAGGAGGGUUUCCAGUUGCAGCCAAUAGGAAAAUCAUUGCCUCCCUCCCUCUUGCCUUAACUCCUUCUCCCAGAUGUCGUUGGAGGAUGGGCUUAAGUGGAUCCCAUUGCAGGCUGAAGCACUACACCUAAUGGGGAGUUUGGCCCUGAGCAGAAAGAGUUCCCAGUGAGAAAUCCUGCACCUUUCAACUGACAGUUCCAACCAGACAGGAACUCUGUUUUAAUUAGAGGCUAUGAUUGGUACCGAUUAGUCUUAUUUGCUUAUACGUGUCCUGGAAUUACCCAGGGAAGCUGAUUUAUCUUUUUAUCUUUAUUGCAUCAGCAGAUCAUAUCUUAGCAAUAAAAAAAUUAUUUCACUUUUCUAGAUUGAAGUUCCAUUUGUUGGGAAAAGCAUCCCAAUCUUUCUAGUCUUUUCUGCUCAUAGAGGAACCACAGAAAAGAACUGUAUGAUAUAGUUCUUCUUAAGACCUUCCAUGACACCUCUUCAGUCUUGGGGAUUUGAUUGUUUGUUGUUUAGAAUUUCUGAAAUGUAUUUUUGCUUCCUCUACAUGUCAGUACUAUUCUUCUCUCCUAUAUGAUGGCAAAGAAUUUUUGCAACACACACAUACACGCAUAACAUACAUACAUGCAUGCACACCCACACGCCCCAUCUAAAAGGAGACAAGUUCUGUAAGCCAAAGCUUGGCAUCUAAAGAAACAGGACUGUCGCCUUCAUACACAGAAAUCAGAUAUGCAUUAGUCAUAAUGCUGUGGAGGCUACCAUUUACCUUCAGCUCAGUGAUAAGAAUAUGGUCUUGUAAUGUCAUUGGUGCUGUGAGACAAUUUUGCUGUACAGUGUGGCAUAGUUACAUCUUGCUAAGAGUCUGUUCCUCACUUCUUGCUGUGGAGGAAAAACUGAAAACAAUAUGUUGGCUCCACAAGGGAGAAGUUCCCAAAUGUGUGCAGUCAUCAGGAGAAUUGCUCCCCAAGUCAUCACCUCCACAAUGGACCAAUGAGAUUUCUAUACCAGGACCUAAUUUGUUUCACAAAAAUGUCUGCUGCCUGAAGACUGAGUAACAGCUAUUCUGAGAAUUAAAAACAAAACAGAGUCACAGAAGUCAAAAGAAAGAUAUGCUCACAGUCCGAAGUCAACACAUGGCAACUGAUAUCCAUGUGAGGAUAAAAAAGCCUCACAACCUGUAACACAUUCCCUCAGUAUGCAGAGGAGACACUUGGCCGGGACCAACUGAGAGUUCUGAGCUGUGCAGAGCUGAGGCAAAUCCUAGCAUCUGCUUCCCACCCAGCAUCAGGCAGCCCCGCACUAAAGUUUACUUGUCACCGCCCAUAUCAAGUUGGAGUUCUGCAUGCAGAUCAGUAAAGUCACAUUUGUUUCUCUUUCAGCUUCCAGCCAUAUUUUAAAAGCUUAAUCCCGUACGGUUAAACUUCUAUAGACAAAGUAGUAAUCCACCACACUGGUAAGGUAAAGUAAUGAGAAUUUGAUCUCCUCACCAACACGCCUGCAAUCCAGAGCAAACUGCCAUGUAAUUAAGUAGCUAGUUUGACAGAUUUUUUUUCACUUCGAUGGUCAAUUGUUGAAUAGAGUUGACAAACAGCUUAAGCUAAGGCACAAGUCAAAGCCAUGUCCGUGGUAAGAAAUCUGGGCUGAUUUCUUCCAAGAAAUCGUAUGUUCUAAUAACAGCUAUAGAAAUCUUUAACUACCUAACACAACCUAAAGUAGGAAUUACAAAGGAGCAAAGUCAAAACCUGUACUUCCAAUGGGAAGUGGGUUUUGGUCCUGUGACUUUGAGGAUAACAUGUACGGCUACAAUGUAUAAAGAAUUACUGGGGAGAUCUCUGGUUUGUAGAAGCACUGUCAAAUGGAUGUAGCCAUCCACAGUUCUCAUUGCACCACCACCAAGAAACAGAAGGAAAACAAUCACAACUAUAACUACAAUUUAUGAAGGAAAUAAAAAGGAACCUAAGCCAGGCAUGGUAGGUCAUAUCUGUGAUCCCUGCACUUAGAAGACAGAGGCACAAGGAUUUCAGUUAGUUUAAGGCCAGCCUGGUCAACAGGGCAAGUUCCCAUCCAGUCAAGCUACAUAGGGAGACCCUGUCUCAAAAUAAAUAAACACAUAAAUAAAUAAAUACUAAAUCCAGAAUGUGUAUCCAACAAAAAUGUCAUUAUUUGAGGUGUACAUUUCUAUGAGCAACAACCUCAAGAAGUUCAGGGUCUUGAAGGAGAAAUCUCUGAAUUAAGGCCACCUUCUUAAAAUGACAUAUAAUAGAGCUAGGAAUUGUGGUGCACACAUAUAAUCUCAGAACUCAGAAAGCUGAAGCAGAAGGAAUUCAAGUCCAGUCUGGGCUACACAGUAACACUCAAAAGGAAUUCACAGAAGCCACCUGACAUUCACUCAGCAAACAUUCCUGAGACUGGUGUGAUGAAAACUCGAAGUUGAGUUUUUGCUUUGAAAACACAUUUGAUGUCAUGCUUGACAUUAUCUACCAAAUUCCAUGUUGUUUUGAAAUCCGUCCAUCCUUGUUCAGAUGCCAGAGCUACAGAUGACUGACUGGCUACCCUCUUGGGAGUCUCCAACUUCAUUGAGAAGGCUUCCCAAGUAUUUGUAAUCCAGAAACAGCAUCUUUUCUGGAAUAAUAGAAACAGAAAGGAAAAGAGGUCAGGAAAGCUGAGUUGCUUACCAAGGGAGGUAAUCCCUUUGAGAAAUGAAAGAUUCAGGGAACAGGGAGGAAGUCACAACUAAACACAGGGCAAACCACAGGUUUGCUCACCCUUGGGAGAGUUUACUUCUGCCCAGCGUAGGGAGGCCAAGGGAAGACAGAGGACUGGGAGUGUCAAGAGCGUGUCAUGGGCAUGCAUGGCAAACCCCGGGGUAAUACUCGGAAUUCUGCCCUAGGAGUUUUAUAGGUGCUCUUUGCAGCUUUAACAGCACAGUAUGGUAGAAACCUUCUACUUCCUCUGCUUCUGCGUAGCAGAAAGUCAAGGGAAACUCACCAAGAAAUGGGCAUAAAUAAAUAACCUUGAAAGUCUUGUGAGCUAACCCCUGGUAAAGCUAACGCUGCGAUGCUUGUGCUCAGGUAUGCAGAUGAUAUUGUUUCACAUUCACAAAGACAACCCUAAAUACAAAGAUUAUAUUAAUAUACACAGAUGCUAUAAGGGCAGAAAUGUAAGAUAAAACAGUAGAAUUCAUGAUGCUUCCGUAGCCAGUAAUAAACAGAAAAGUAACCGGAACACCAAGCUCUCUGCUCAGUCACCAGGGUCUUAACCUGUCUCUCAGGGGCUCAGGGAGGAGUGAGCCAGGGUCUGGCUCCUGUUUGAAAGGGUGGGAUAUAAUAAGUUCAACAGCAGCCCUUGGCAUCAAGGUUCCAUUCCAAGAAAUUAGAAUAAUCAGUGCAUGAUGAAUCUUAAUUACCACCUGCGUUUUACUGCUGAGGGGUUAUAAUGUUCGAGACGAGGGUUGCUUGUGUAUUAGAAGCAUUGUCCAGAGCCUUCAUAGCACUAAAGUCAGAGCAAUGUGUGGUCUUUAGCAACAAACACCAAAGUUUAUUUUAUUUUAUUUUAUUUUUUGAUUUUUACGAGACAGGGUUUCUCUGUAUUGUUUUCUUUUUUUUUUUUUUUCUUUUGGUUUUACGAGACAGGGUUUCUCUGUUUCGGAGGCUGUCGGUCCAGCCUGGCCUCGAACUCACAGAGAUCCGCCUGCUGCCUCUGCCUCCCGAGUGCUGGGAUUAAAGGCGUGCGCCACCACUGCCCGGCUCAAACCCCAAAGUUUUAACAUGUGAGGAAUCUUUACUGAAUGGAACCCAAUUGGUGUCACAGACAAUGUGACAUCUGCUGCACUGUGAAGAAAGGGAACCUGAACUAGCGGAUCUGGUACCUCAGUGACCUCCACAAGGCAGUAUUUGGAUUUGCUAGACCUUUGGAGGGGAAAGAGAAACACUUUCUAGGUAGAACAAUAAAUACAUCCUCGGAAGUAAAUAGAAAUGCAUCUAAAAUCACCUUUCCCUGUCAUCUUUGAUGCAUUCAUUAACAAAUCAGAUUAUUUUCUGCUCCAGGACCCCCAGGCCAGGAUGUUAAUGAACUCUGCAUUCUCAUUGCUCAGUAGAAUUGCCUUUGCUCUGAGUAAGCAGCAAGCAUGUAUAAUAUACAUAGGGACAUUACCCAACUGCAACAGCUGCUCCUUCUAUACACGGUGCACAGAGUAAAGGGACUUACAACCAACUCGCUGAUAGACCGCUGUUCCUGUAGUCUCCUAUGUAAUGGUUAUUUUCUGUACCUGUUUCAUAAUAAGUAGAAUAUUAUUUCAUGUACUCUAACCUCACUGUUUAUCUGUAUCACAUUUUUGACAUGUCAUUAAAUGGUCUUUUUUUUUC